AUGAUAACAUUACAAUCAAAAAUAAUAUUUUCUCAUGGCUAUAAUCAAGAUAACGAAAAUUUAGAUUGUCAUAAAAUUAAUUCGAAUAACCAAUUACAAGAAUGUCAUUUGAAAGAUAAUGGACAUCGUUUAACCUGUUAUGGUGGUAUCGACGAAAAAUAUAAAAAUGAAGGUAAAACGGUACACACACUGGUAUUGUGUAAUUGGCCUAACUCAACGUUAGAUCCUCAAGAAGUUUUUCAAGGAUUUACAUCUUUGAGAAAAUUAAAAAUAAUUAAUAAUAAUAAUUUAACGAGAUUUGUUAAUGCUUUUCCAGAAGAAUGUCAAUUUCUCGAAAAAGUUAAUUUAACGAGUAACAAAUUGGAAGAACUAUCAUUGGAUUUGUUUGCUAAGCUAGCUAAUUUAAGGAUCAUUGAUUUGAGAUACAAUCGUUUCAAUGAAAUUGAUAUUAAUUGGUUUAAUUUAUCAACAUUACAACAUGUUUAUUUAUUUGGUAAUCCAUUGAAAUGUAACGAAAAUAUGGCAUGGAUUCUCAACACGAGGAACGAAUCAUUCGCUAAAAAAAUUGUUGAUCGUGAAAAAUUACGUUGUUCCGUUCCCCAUGAAGGAAGACCACUCGUACAAGUCAUUGAAAUUAUUAUGACGUUAAAAGAUGAAUGCAAAAGAACAUUAUGCGAUUGUGAAUUAGUGUAUGUGGUUGGACGUGGUGGUAAAAGAACAUCGAGACAAUUAAUUGCAUUUGCUGCAGUUAAUUGCAGUUAUCGAGAUUUAACAGAAUUGCCAGAAUUUUUGCCAGCCAAUACUACGACGUUACAUUUAACCGGAAACAAGAUCAAAGAUUUAACACCAUUGGUUAAAAAUCCUGUUUACAAACAAGUAUUGGAUCUUUAUUUGAAUGAUAAUUUAGUGGAAUCCAUUGUACAAUUGGAUGGUUCCUAUUGGCUAGAUCAUUUUCGAAUUUUAAGCCUUCGUGGAAAUAAACUUUCUGAUGUGCCAACUUACGCACUGGAAAAUGUUUUGUUACAAAGUAACAACGUAGUGAGAUUGUAUCUUGGUAAUAAUCCUUGGCGAUGUGAUUGUCUCUUUACACCUGGAUUUCAGGAUUUAUUGAUUAGGUAUACAAAUUUAGUUAGAGAUAUAAACGAGGUCAAGUGUGCAGUUAUCAGUGGUGACGAAAAUUCAAACAAACAGAUACGUGAAUUAACUCGUACAGAAAUUUGUAUAUCACCCGAUGACAAUGCGUUGAUAUAUCCAUUGGACAUUUUAAACAUUAUAUUGGCAUUAAUGAUAUUAUUAAUCAUCCUCAAAGUAUUGUACGAUUAUUGGUCGUUCAAAAGGACAGGAAAAUUACCAUGGAUUGUAUCAAAAAUACCAUAAUUGUUAUUUAAUAUGUUA